GGGCCCGGCAGAAUGGCUCUUGCAAAGAAGGGAGGCGUGAGGAAGAAGGGCUGUGCUGCCAUCAGUGAGGUGGUGACCCGAGAAUACACCAUCAACAUUCACAAGCGCAUCCAUGGAGUGGGCUUCAAGCAGCAUGCUCCUCAGGCACUCAAAGAAAUGAGGAAAUGGAAGGAAAUGGGGACACCAGAUGUGCGCACUGACACCAUGUUCAAUAAAGCCAUCUGGGUCAAGGGAAUAAGGAACGUUCCAUAUCAUAUCCGAAUAAAUUUGUCCAGAAAACGUAAUGAGGAUGAGGAGUCACCAGACAAGCUCUACACAUUGGUAACUUACAUGCCUGUUACUAUAUUCAAAAAUCUACAGACGGUCAAUGUGGAUGAGAACUAACCUGUUAAAUGUCAAAGUUGCA